GAUCUCAGCCCCGUGUCUAUCUUCUUGUCUUUACAUACCUAUACUAAUAAAAUAAUCUACGAUAUACGACGAAGCGCGAAUAUGAGAGCCUUCGACCUGAUAUGAUGCUGCCAUUUUUGCUAUGGCUUCCGAUCCUCAAGGCGACAAGCGAUCGCUAAAGGAGUUUGAUGUUGGACCUUUUGUGCUCCGUACUCUAUUCGAAGAUGUUCCGUUAUCAGAAGAUGGAACCAAGGACGAUAUAAAGAUCAAUUGUGUUGAAUACCUAGAUGACCAUCUAUAUGUAGGCACCUCCGACUCGGAACUUCUUCACUUUUUCCAGAUCCCCCCGGAUCCUGGCGACAAAUCCAGCGCGCCGACAUUCAUUCUCGCAUCACGAUUGCGCCCUGCUUUUGCCGAAUCCGCAAGCACCUCUAAUUUUACACGGCCCGGUGUUCAACAGAUUCUAUUACUACCAACUGUCGGCAAGGCUUGUAUUCUUUGCAACUGGACCGUCACCUUUUAUUCCCUCCCGGAGCUAAGCCCUGUCUUCGGCUCUACACAAGUCAAGAAUUGUAAUUGGGUCGGCGGUAUAGACCUUAACGAACUCAGCGCUGAUAACAACCGAGGGGAACCCGCUAGUGUUACUAUAUUGCUGUCGCUAAACCGAAAGAUUCAAGUUGUUAGUAUCGCCGAUGGAGCUCGUCCCAUCAAAAAGAUCGACUUCGCCGGAAGCACGAUAUCCGUAAGGAGGGACUCGAUCGCGUGUGUAGCCGAUUCGCGAAGUUAUGCGCUACUCGAAAUCAACCAGCAGUUAAAGAUUCCUUUGAUGUCCAUCUCCUCACUAGAUGAGGCUGAACCUGGUAAUAUUGUUGGUCAGGCUCAACAUAUUUCUGGAAGUUCCGGUGGACUACUACGCAGCAACUCUUCCGCCCAGUCCCGUUCCCAGACCUUGAGUCCCGAACCCUCUGCCCAUAAACGAGGAACUAGUCUAGGAGAUUUUAUCACGGGCGCUACCCGAAGGCAGGAACAUCGAGUUAGCGAAGAUGAUGAACCUAUAUCCCGCGGGGCGACUCCGCCUGUAAUGGAGACGGGUCAAAGAACGCCUGACGAGUCAGCGCCGGAUGGCGCACCUAAGGAUCAAACAAACCGACCGACUCCACCUGGUAAACCGCAGCCGGGUUUUCUUAAACCACUGAUUGUAUCCCCAACACUGGAAGAGUUCCUCCUAGUUACCGGCACUAGCCCAUUAGAGCCAGGCAUUGGGAUGUUCGUAAACCUAGAUGGCGAUCCGACAAGACCUACCAUCGAGUUCGAUCGAUAUCCUAAGGAGAUUGUCGUCGAUGGUGGUUCUGUAGACGUGUCCUCAUCACGAACCUCACUCGGCCCAGAAGAUGAAGGCUUUGUUCUUGCAUCAAUGGGAAGGGAUUUUCCUGAUGGCGUGCAUUACGGGUUAGAGAUCCAGCGCUGGGAUGCCGACCCGGCUGGAGGCGAAGUGGCGAAAUACUGGCUUGAACCACCAAAUGCCGGCUCAGUUGUCAAUUCUCAGCAAAGCAUCGGGAUAAGAUCCUUACGUGGGAUUCAGGACACCAGCUUCUCUGAAAUCGUAGACAAGCUGUGCCGACGAAGAUUUUUACCGUUUCACGCAGGUGGCCUAGAUGCAUCGACCAUGUCACUACGAACCGUUGACUCACGAACAGCGUCUUCCAUGGAGAGGUUGUCUAAAGAAAAGGAGCUCUUUGACAGGGACACUGAUUCUUCUAGUGAGGACUUCUUACCGGAUUCUUGGCAAGCUACUCGCAACGCCGAAGAGCAAGAGUUUGCUCGUCGCCUUGCUGGAACCACUGCUCGUUUAGCUGUAUGGUCUGGGAAAAACAUAUGGUGGGCUGUCCGGAAUCCUUUAAUAUUGAGGUUGGAUUCGCAACUGGAAGCGACAGUCACGGCCUCGGACCAGGCAUCCUCUAUACGGCAAAAUUUGUUCACCAUACUAAAUUCUUUCCGUGGCCAAGAUGCGACAUCUGAACUUGAAUUUCUAACUUUCAGCUACAUACGGCAACGAGCAGGAAUUCUUUUACUCACAAGCUUUCUUAAGUCAGAUGAUGCUCCUUUUUCAGAGUCGGAACUCCGAGCCAUGGAGGAAAUUUUGGUAGACAGCCUCCUUGACCCUCGAGUGGUUUUGUCACUUGUCCCUGGUGUUCGCAAUGAGGUUAUUGAGACAAAACGAGGUAUAUGGAUCUUCGGGGGUGUGAAGUCAACUGCUGAGGAAUUUAUCUCGAACAAGGACUUUGAUAAGGACAAUUCAACUAUGAACGCCUUAUCGCAACCGGUAUUGCAUUUUCUCAGGCGCUUCCUUACUGCUUGGCGACGUAAGAAGGGUUUUGGUAGCAUACCGGACGAGAAUGAGGUCUUCCGUACCGUUGAUGCAGCUCUACUUGCUGUUCUCCUCCAACUGGAUCAGCACUCAACCUCUGGCCCAGCUAAAGCAAGGUCUGUUCGCGCAGAUUUAUACGAGCUCGUGGAUACAGGGGUCGACUGCUUUAACAGAGCAGAGACCUUGGUCGAGUCGCACCACCGUCUUUAUGUACUCAGUAGGCUUUACCAAAGUCGCAAAAUGGUGGCAGAUGUCUUGGCCACCUGGAAACGUAUCAUCGAAGGUGAACGAGAUGACGGGGGAGAAUUAACUGAUGGCGAACAGCGCGUGCGUGAAUAUCUCUCCAAAAUCAGCAACCAGGCACUUGUUCAAGAAUAUGGAAUUUGGCUUGCGAACAGAAAUCCGAAGCUUGGUGUCCAAAUAUUCGCUGAUGAUAAGGGUCGUGCCCCCAAGUUCGAGCCCAGCCAAGUAGUUCAGCUUCUCAGGGAAGAGGCCCCGGAUGCGGUAAAAUACUACUUGGAGUACCUCGUAUUUGGCAAAGGUCACACUGUAUACGUCAAUGAAUUGAUCAUGUACUAUUUAGAUAUCGUGAUUACUCGUCUUCGAACGUCGCCUGAACAUCGCGAGGUGGUGAAGUCCACUUAUACGGCAUACCGUGCUUUACAUCCCCCGAAACCCACGUACCGCCAAUUCCUAACGGAAAACGCCCCUGCCGACGACGAAGCUUGGCAUAGCCGAUUGCGACUCUUACAGUUGCUAGGCGGCAGCUACAAGUACGACUUGGCAGUUAUUAGAGACCGAAUCGCAGGCUUAAAUAAUACGGCCGAAGAUCUUCUCGUGCCUGAAACCAUAAUACUGGAUGGCCGAGAACGAAAUCACGAAAACGCAUUGCGCCUAUUAGUCCACCGGCUAGGUGACUAUGAUACGGCAGUUUCCUACUGUCUUCGUGGCGGAGCUAGCAUCUAUACCAUUUACCAGACGCAACAAAAUCAGCCGCCGCCAAGCCCAGAAAAUCUCAAAGGUCCAAAGCGUCGCGAUAGCAUACCGCCAACACAGGACCAACAGGCACGGCUCUUCCGGGCCUUGCUUGGAGAGUUCCUCGAACUGGAGGACAUCAGCGACCGCGUGGAGCAAACGGGCCUAUUACUGGAGAAGUUCGGUGGGUGGUUCGAUGUUGGCGACGUCCUGUCCGUAAUCCCAGAUACCUGGAGUGUGGACUUGGUCGCAGGGUUUUUGGUGAAAGCGCUUAGACGGAUCGUGGUAGAAAAGAACGAAACCUCAGUUGCGAGAUCACUCAGCUCGGCGCAGAAUCUCCAGAUACAGCAUGAUUUAAUCGUGCGAAUUGAGGAGAAGGGACCUAGUAUUGAAACGUAGGGUCACGAUAGUGUACAGAUAUCUAAUGACUAGAUGAUUAAAAUAUAAUUGGUUACGGCGCCCCUUUUUUGUUUAUGGUCACUAAAUGGGUACCUAGUACCUAGGUCGCAAACUCCGACCAAUGCUACGAUAGCCGAACAAGCCCAACGCCAACA